CCGGCCAAGGGUUACGUAUAAGGAAAGGAGGACGUCAGCUACCUUACCUUGCCUAAUAUGCGACUUUGAAUUCUCCCACAAGCCAAGCCCCGAUUUGCAUUUGUAUUCUUUUCUUUUUCUUUCUCCUCACAACUCGGCUUUAAAAACCGUCACGAACUUGCCAACAUCGUACCCAAGGCGAUCAGAUACUGUAGCUGCCUAUCAAAGUCCUUGUGCAUCUCCACAACCGUUUCCCUCCCCGCGCGCCACCACCACUCAUUUGCUCUGGAUUUUCUUAGUUUUUAUCAAAUCCCCUGGCCGGCAGCCACACCUUCUAUGGAUCUAGGCGUGCCUUAAUUAGGCACGGCUUCCAUCUCAUCAGGUAAUUGAUCGCGUGCUCGUCUUGGCAAACACAUCUUGGCACAACCUCUUGGAUACCUUUUGUUAUCUCCCCCCACCAUAUAAGCAUCUAGUCGGGCCUGUCCCUGUAAUCAUCGUCAUUGUUACACCUUUUUUCAUCUUGGCACCUGCUCGGACCUUUUUUUCUCUCCUUAAUAUUCUAUUUUAUUUAUAUCUUGUACCCCUCCUCUCUUCUCUUUUCCUCUGUUGUCUCUUGGAUAACAGGAAGAUCACCGGCUCACGUGGAAGAUUACUGCUGUCGAAUCUGAAUAAUCUGAAUAAUCUGAAGAUUUUCAGCAAAUAUUCAUUUCGCUCUGAAAUAUGGCUCUGAGUCCUCCGAUUUUUGCAAUCAUCUGGCGAAGGGACCACAAAAUUUGAGCAGACUCUUGAAAAAAAAAAAAUACGGCGCAAUCAUCACAAGAACAAAUAAUAACGAGAACUAAUGGUUCAUUCGUCUUUCCACGUAGCGAACGGAGUAUAGACGGGAGAGUUCAAUUCGGACUUUUUUAUAUUGCGACUAUCAAGGGGCAAAAAUGAAGUUCGGACAAGAAUUCAAAGAGGUUCUUUUGCGGGAAGGAUAUCCUCCCAAAUGGGUGGACUCGGCAAUUCCUUACGGGCAACUGAAAAAGUGCCUCAAAAAGGUCAGACGGGAGCUGCACGAGCUGGGCCUUGAUCCAGAGAUUCUGCGCCAGCUUUUGGCAGCCCAUGCUACUUCCAACGGUGGCCCGGUGCCACUAGCCAGCUAUGAAUUGGACGGCUCGACCGUUUUGAGGCCUCGCCUGACUGUCUUCAUCCACCUUGAGGAUGGCGAGGCCGUCGAUGCCACCUUGACCCCGGCAUCCAGGGAUUUUCUGGAGAAGCUCUCGUCGGGACGGGUACCCGCCUCACCCGACCCGGAGUCUCCCGGGUCUAGCAUUGGUAGCCCACGGGGGUCGAGUCCGGAUCGGUCAAACUCAAUGGAUUCAUCAGACUCGUCGGAGAGUGAUCAGACCUCUGUCUCAAGCACCAACAAGACCCCGAUCAUACAGCGUGUCGAGAUACCCCUGACAUUUGACGGCGAGUUCUUCGACCUCCUUCAGGCCGACGUGUCCAGCCUCGACGCACUUCAGGACGAGGAAGAGGCGGCCAUGUCAAAGGAGAUUGUCAUACUCGGCGAGGACAUGACGCACCUGACCAAGCCGCACAAGUUCCACAAGUCGGACCUCUCACGGUGGCGCGAUGUCUUUGAGCUCUACCUCGAUGCGCAGGUCUUCUUCUCGACGCACGAGCGCGACCACGGGCCCAGGACCAGCGCAAAGGCACUCGAGCAGCUCGUGUGGUUCCAAGGACAGGUUAACGACCGCGGGCUCGUCCAGCAGUUCAAGCUGCCGGCCAGCCGGGAGGCUUAUGCCAGGUUUCUGGAUCUAAACUCCAAGUUCUUGCAGAAUCUCAAGUUCCAGGAGAUUAACAGAACUGCCGUGACCAAGAUCCUGAAGAAAUUCGACAAGCAAACCUGCCUCGGCGCCUCGCAGACCUUCCCCCGCGCGGUGCAUUCGAAGCGGUUCCUGUCCGAGAGCGUAGCCAAGGAACUUUGCGCCCAGGUGUCGAACCACGUCGUGUCGACGGUCCCGCGCGUCGAGGACUACUCGUGUCCGAUCUGUAUGAGCAUCGCCUGGCUGCCCGUGCGCCUGGCCUGCCGCCACAUCUUUUGCGUCCGCUGCGUCGUCAAGAUGCAGCGCGACGGCAAGCGCCAGUGUCCCAUGUGUCGCCAAAACGUCGUCAUGCAGGCCGACCUCCGCAACCUGGACCACGACCUCGCCCGCUUCAUGGGCCUGUACUUCAAAAAGGAGACCAAGGAGAAGCAGGCCGCCAACGAUCUGGAGCGCGGCAUCGAGAUGUUUGGCGAUGACUACAAGCCCUCUAGCUGCGUCGUCAUGUGAGAUGUGACGAAAGAAAGCCAAUGAUGACCAGGACAAAGUUAAUCAAUAAUAUGUGGGGUUUUAUUCAGUCAAAUCGUUGGUAUUGUUGGCAAGGGGCGGCUUUUUUAUUUUAUUUUGUAAAUACGAUCUUUUUUACGAUACCCAAGAGACUUUUGAUUCAACGAGAGAAGCAUUCUAUAGUCGCUUGGUUUUGAAUAUAUACCCCAAGCACCAACUAUGAUCUGUCAUGUUGUUCCCUUGGUUCGAAGAAAAAAAGACAAGAAAUGGUAAUCUAGAUUUUGAAUAGUCGUGAUUAUAUUAAUGCUACUGGACCUUAG